AUGGGUAGGGCUAAGAAGACCAGAAAGUUUGCUUUGGUAAAAAGAACGCUAAAUGCAAAGAAAGACAAGAGAAUAAGUGCAAAUGUUGCAAAAGAAACUGAAAAGAAUGAUCCAGAGUUAUCAAAACACAUACCACAGGUCUCAAGUGCACUGUUUUUCCAAUAUAAUCAAGCUAUUAAGCCACCAUACCAAGUCCUCAUCGACACCAAUUUUAUAAACUUUUCUAUUCAAAAAAAAAUCGACUUGGUAAGAGGUAUGUUAGACUGCCUCUUGGCAAAAUGUGUACCACUAAUUACCGAUUGUGUAAUGGCUGAACUGGAAAAAUUGGGUCCCAAGUAUAGGAUUGCGUUACGGCUAGCCCGUGACCCAAGAAUAAAGCGCCUGACUUGCUCUCACAAGGGGACGUACGCGGAUGACUGUCUAGUAAAUCGUGUGCUGCAGCAUAAGUGUUACAUUGUCGCAACCAACGAUGCGGGUUUGAAGCAAAGAAUUCGAAAAGUUCCUGGUAUCCCACUCAUGAGUGUUGGAGGCCACUCAUAUGUUAUAGAAAAGCUUCCCGAUGUAUUCUGA